AUGGGGGGGGGCAGUGGGGGGGAAGGGAUCUGCCAUCCCCCUGCUGCGGAUGCGGCAGUGGGGGGAGGGGACCUGCAGCACCUGCCCCCCCUGCCCCCCCCCCUUCACCUCCAUCUCUCUGCUGCUGGUGCAGCAGUGGGGGAGGGUAUGGGGGUGGCGGGUGUGGCCAACCUGCUGUCGCCCGAGCGGCUCCUGCACCCCCCCCCCCCCCCCCCCCCCCCUUUCUCCUCCAUCCCCCUGCUGUGGGUGUGGCGGUGGGGGGGAGGGGAUCUGCAGCUCCAGCCCCCCCCCCCCCUUCUCCUCCGUCUCUCUGCUGCAGGUGCAGCAGUGGGGGAGGGUAUGGGGGUGGCGGGUGUGGCCAACCUGCUGUCGCCCGAGCGGCUCCUGCACCGCCCCUUCUCCUACCUCCCCCCUGCUGCACGGGGAUCUGCGGCACCAGCCCCCCCCCCCCUCCCCCCCUUCUCCUACCUCCCCCUGCUGCGGGUGCAGCAGUGGGGGGGAGGGGAUCUGCAGCACCAGCCCCCCCCCCGCCCCCCCCCCCCUCCCCCUUCUCCUCCAUCCCCUGCUGCAGGUGCAGCAGUGGGGGGGGGGUAUGGGGUUGGCGGGUGUGGGUGCAACUGCGGGGUGGCGGGUAUGGGGGUGGCGGGUGUGUGA